AUGUGCGCAAUGGAAACCGACACUCCUGACAACUCAUCUACCUCUCUGACCUGCGCAAUCUGCAAGAACUCCAUCCCGCCCGAUGUCAAGCACCUGAGAUACUCCUGCGGAUCCUGCGUGUAUCACGAGGACUGCUUGUUCUGGAUACUAAAUCAUUUGGAGGAUAGAGCACUAGAAUUUCUAAAUAACUGCCCCUGUCGAUCAAAUAGCACCGCUGAAGACCACCCCAUAGACGAGGAGUCUGAUGAAGACCACUACAACAGCCAUGACCAGAUUGAAGAAAGCGACUAUACUGUCGCAUACAAUGUGACUGAGCAGAACGACUAUGACGAAAACAACGAAAAAGAUGAUGAUGCUGACAAUCAAGCUGAGGAUGUUUUCGACGCCGCUCCAGAUGACGAGGACGAAUACUGA